CGGAGGGCGGGCCUGGCUCUUCUUUGAGGACCACCUUAGGCACGCUCCCACCCCUUGGCUAAAGAAAAUAAUGCCGACUCCACUCAUUUUUCUUUAGUUGUAUAGUUAUCAUCUGGGAAAACCUUCUCCCUUUAGACUACAGCAGUUAAAAGGAAUAUUUGGAAUACCAAAGCAUUUUUUUGCAGUGAUUUCUUUUUGUGAUCUCAAUUCUUCCCUGCCUCUCAAAAAAUUAAUCAGAAUUGGAAACCAUCUGCUCUGAGGAUUGGAAAGCUAUUCCCCAAGCUGAUCAAAGAUGUUUAUUAAACUUCAACUCUUCAUCUUCGUUCUAGGGAGUGUGCCUUUCGUAGCACUUGCUGAAGAAGCAAGCUCAGUUCUAGAAGGAGAAGAAAGUGCAAAAAUUGAUUUCAGAGACAGAAAUGACACAGAAUUUGAAGAAUUAUCAACCCUGCUGCCCACAAGACUGCACCACGCAACAAAUCUCUUGGAGUUUGGAGAACUGAUGACCACAGAAAGUGCGUUUGCCACAAGUGAAGACAGUGAGCAUUCUACUGGUUACGAAACUAACACAGAAACUGUCGAUGGUGGACGGAGUGGGGAACCAGAGAAAACUGAAAAAGGUGGCCUGGAAACAAUUGCACUGGUUGGAAUAAUCAUUGGAAUCAUAGUUGCAGUUGGAAUCCUUGCAGGAAUAAUAAUUGCUGUUGUAAGGAAGAUGUCAGGCAGGUACUCGCCCUGAAAAUAGUUGAAACAAGCAACCAUGCCAUUCUGCACCAGAAAACACAAGUGCUUCUUAUUUCAUAAGAACCAAAGACAACUCCUGUAGUGCUGUGAGGAGAUGAUCCAUGGAAAAUAUGGUCAAAGAAUUCCAGGUCUAUGGGGAUCCCACACAACUCUAAGGACUCCUUCCCUGCCCCAGACUACAGAGUAUGGAACAUUUAAUAGGAUUUUUACUAACCAGGAAUUUACUAGAGGAACAAAAAAGAUUAUGCAGUAAGAAAAAAACCGCAGCAGCAAUGAGAUUUACAUCUGAAAAGUGAUUUGCAGGUAAUAUACGCUAGCUUGAUUUUUAAACGCUACCAAAGAUUAUUUCACAUUCCAUUUUUUUAAUGCAUUUAUUUAAAAACACAUAUCCAGAAUCUUUCAAGUUUUUGGCUGGUGAAGUGCUUGUGGCAUGUUCGCUACUAAACGAUGUAUCAAAAAGGAGGAUUGGCUUCAGAGAGAAACAGUUAUUUACGAAGUUAGAAAAUAUUAGAUACUGGAAGCUAAAAUCUUUCUGCUAUUGAUACAGAUUGUCCGCUCUUGAUACUUAUGUGGCAAAAUAUGGUAGGCCCAGCUGGAACUGACCUACCAACUAAACGCUUGCUCAUCUGACUGUUGCACCAGGAAUUUCCUGUCUUGUUGCAGAGACACGCAGGGAUUGAAAUACACAUCCUGAAUUAAAGGGUGCUUGGAAAAUACCCAGUUUUGAUGGGUCACUUUAAGCAGUUACUCAGCACGCUUUAGAGCUGACAUGUAGAGGCUUCUGAACUAGUUUAUACUUUUUUUUCUUUUCUUUCCAACUGUCUGAUUUGCUAACUGGAUAGUUGGCUUGUUUGAUAACAUGUGCAACACUAGAUCAGAGUGUGUUACUGAGGUAUAACACACCUUGGGAGUCUACAGCUUUUCUGUGGCAUAUUUAGUGCAGCAGGACCCGAAUGCACAGAGAUCAGAGCAAAGGCUUUGUACAUCAAGUGGUGGCAACACGUUCUGUUCUUCAAACUCUGAGGCACUGAAAUGUUUGGUGUGAAAAUCACAGUAAUCCAUAUGGUCAAUAUUUGCUAAGCAGGUCAACUUAAAUAUAUUUGCUUUUCUGUUUCUUUCAUGUGCCAUGAACUACAAUAUCAAUCCAAGCUUUGGAAAUAAAAAUUAUAAUGUAAAUUA